AUGAAGAGAGUCGGCCCGUCACCCCUUGAAGUGUUUAACCUGUCUGAGAUCCCCAUGUCUUCUUUUGCAACCGUUAUCGAGAGAAACAGAGAGGCCUUCAAUCGAGUCCCCCCUACUGAAUAUUAUGAUUGCGUCAGAAAAUUUCACGACGCAAUAAGUCGGGGCUCAGAUCCAUGGUCCGUAGCAUUGACAGGCAAGGACGGCUUCUCUGUUGAGGUAAUCCACGAAGCCGCUUGCAUCAUGCGGCAAAUUCGUGGUCCUCGGAGCGUAGACGCAUUUUCAACCGCGCUUUGGGCAUCGGCCUCUGACGCUGGUUAUCGGCCCUCUAUUUUGUCGCUUGCGAGGCAUCUUGUGCGAUCUGGUGCCUACGGACGCGUCCCCCAACUGCGAAAGGUAGAGGCGCGAUUCAAGCAACUCGUCUCGACAGCAAGAGACGCUGAUGCUCUUACUGUGGAGGGCGAACUCCAGUACGAACAGGGGAACUACGAAGCUGCAAUCAGAGCGUUGCGACGGGCACUGCAGGUGGGGACCCCAGACUUCGAAUGGAAGCAUAACUGUCAACUAUGCAUGGGCAAAUCAUUGGUCAAAACGAACAAGCAUGAAGAAGCUCGAGUAUUACUUGAGUCACUAUCCGGCAUCGGUUUUGUUGAGGCGGAUGUCGAGCUUGGCAAAUUACUUCGCGUAAGCGACAAGGAUGCUGCAGAAAGGCACCUGUUUACUGCCGCUUCCAAUGGGAGGGGCGACAUGUUCAGCUUACUAUCGGAAAUUGCCCUUGAGAAGGCUGCAGAUUCUAAAGAUGACAAGGCAUCAAAAGAGGAAUUCUUACGAUGGGCCAAAGAGUGGUCAAAAUUGGCGGACCCGCGCACAGAAUACUGA